AUGGUCCAGGCCGUCGUCGACAAGGUGCGAGACCAACUACAAAAUUCGACUCGACGUUCGGUCCUCCUGGCCCAUGGCGGGGCGGGACGCAAUGAAACCGGGGACGAGACUCUUUACCUAGUCAAGGACAAGGAUAUCGUCGACUUCCUCAGUGUGGCUUUUGCGGAGCUAGAGCACGCAGAGGACGUUACACCGAUGAAGAGAAUCAGCGCACGAGGCUGCAAGGCCUUGUCAAGUUCGCCCUCUCUUCCAAAGCUCAACAGUCGGUGCAACAUCAUUACGCCCUGUCUGGCGGCAGCAGCAGACCCGGCGACCACGAUCAGCGUGCCCAAAACCUCGUUCUCUGGCUCGGGCGGCGCGGAUAUUCCAGGCUGCGCUGGCACCAGGUGUCCCGAUGCGUCUACGAGGGCCACUGUCGUAUCGCGCCGGAGUGCAACGGAGAUUGUGUGGAGGGAAAACGAAGCGGACAGCCGGCUGUUUGCGACGAAGCGAGCUUCAGGAACUGAUCCCGGCAUCGCUUGCAAGAACCACUCGUCUCCACUGGGAGAGCUCUCGCCAGUCAACAGCCUUGUACGCGACGGCUCGGCUGACCGGCGGGUCAACAUGACGUCUUUUCCAGAACUGCAGCCUCGCCACUGUACCAACGAGUGGCUGAAGCCGCCGGUCGAGAUGGACCAGCUCACCAAGGCGUGUCCCCCAGACUUUUACAGAAUGGGAGUGGACGCCCACGGCGGCGGCGGCGCUCCCAACGAGUCACCCAACGGCCUCUCGCAGGAGCCAGUGGUCAACGCGCUGUAUGGCGACCGCUCCUUGUUUAGCGAGAACCCCUUUAACGGGGACGGGGACGGCUGGCCCAUGGAGCAUCGGGAAACAAGGAGGCCGUCGUCCAUGACGGCCGACAAGCGCCUCGGGACUUGGAUCGGCUCGGCGUCGCACCGCCGACGCAGUACCCAGGCUGCCGACUCGAAGAGCUGGCAGGACGAGCCGGCCAACAACAACAACAGCCUACUGCCCAGCUUCCUAGACAGGCUGCGCUGGAACGGGCAGAGCAUCUUCCACCGCCACGACGACUGCCCGGCGCCGCCGACGCCGCCGCCGACGACGCCCGGGUCUCCUUCUGCUAUGGCUUACGAGGUGGGGACGGGGGGGGACGGAGGAGCGCCGAGACGCCCACGGUGCGACACUUGCUCCGAGGACAACCGGCCGCAUGUCUGUAAGGAUGACUUGGACUCGGAAUCGGUGGGGGUUGCGUCGAGUGGUUGA